AUGGACUCUUUCAACAAUAUCCGGCGCAAGGAUACCACAAAAGGCCCACCCCUCCGGGUUCUGUCGUUAGAUGGUGGUGGAGUCCGCGGCUACUCCAUGCUCAUCCUCCUCCAAGAACUCAUGCACCGCACAUACGUCGAGUGCGAAGGCAAAGCACCUUCCCGCGACCAAAUCCCAAAACCGUGCGACCACUUCGACCUCAUCGCCGGCACAGGCACGGGCGGCCUCAUCGCGCUGAUGCUGGGUCGUCUGUGCCUGGACCUCGAGACCUGCAAGGAGGUCUACGUUCGCAUGACGAGACGGGUAUUCGAGACCGAUAAGACUAUCGCCGGCAUCCCCUAUCGGUCAACCCUGUUCAAAGCGUCGAAGCUCGAAGAGGCUAUCCGCCAGUGCGUGUGGGAACACACCGUGUCGGAAUCGGAAGGAAAGGAUGGUUCAUCUCUGCCUCCUAGGAUUGUAAGUUCGCACGGUUCGCACGGGCGACCGCAAUCUUCACAAAAUUUACAGAGGCGCAUUAGUCGAGCGAGUGUUGGUACAGGUGGCGCGUUGGCGAUUUCUUCGCCGGUGGGUUCUCGCGCGUCGAUGGGGGUGAUGAAUGGGUCACGUUCGGGGAAUUCAGAUGCUAUGCUUUAUGAUAGACGGGAAAAUCGAACGAAGACUGCGGUUGCGGCAGUCUAUAAGGGAACCCCAUGGGAUGGAAGUGCGACUUUGCUACGAUCAUACGAUUCGCGAAAGGAGCCUGCGCCGGAAUUCAACUGCACAAUUUGGCAAGCAGGACGGGCAACCUGUGCAACCGGUCUCGCAUUCAAGCCUAUCCAGGUGGGCCAACAUGUUUUCGUGGACGAAGGUGCUGGCAAAUAUAAUCCCUCGCCACUAGUCCUCGACGAAGCCGUCGUCAACGAGUGGCCGGGCAGAGAAGUGGGUAUUUUCGUCAGCGUCGGAACCGGCAAACAGCCUGCAGGAACAAGCCAUAUCCCGCACGAGUGGUGGGAGGAUGUCUCCGAUUCCUUAGGCACUUUUGCCGAAGCACGCAGGCGGUUGAUCGCUAAAAUAGAAGGUUGCGAAAAGACGCACCAGUACAUGCUCAAGGAGCAUCUCGCGAAGCGCAACGUACCCAGAGAGAAUUAUGUUCGUCUAAAUGUCGAAGUUGGUGUUGGUGAGUUUGGCAUGAACGAGUGGCAUCGACUGGCUGAAAUCAGCACCAGCACGCGGACCUACCUCUCCCGAAGCGACGUGCAGAAGAUGAACCAGGACGCAGCAGUGAAGUUGGCCAAGGUUCAUUUUAUGCAUCGAAGGCAGGGAGGGUCAGGUGAAGAAGGACUAGGACCUAUAGCCGAUUCGUCCAGUUUUGAAGAAGGUCGGGAAGACGGGGAGAUGUUUCAACGGCAAUAUCGGCCUGUGCCGCCCGUCCCUCCAUCGCUGCAAGCACGCCCGCGCCAACCUUCCACCAUCGAAUUGCCCGACGCCGUCGAACUUCCCGGUGAAGACUUUAUCCCCGUAUCAUCUGUGAAUAAUACUAAUAAUAACCCACAACCACUACCACCACCCAACCUGCUCCCGCGCUUCCGACAGCUAAGCAGCACAACAUCACAGGAUAAAUUUACAAUCCCCACCUCAGACGAAUACCCACACCAGCUCAACUUUAACCGCAAACCAGCUAUCCACAGCACCAACGCCAACCCCAGCACACCCACCCAGACACACGCCCCAACCCCACCUUUCUCCCCGCAAUGCCGCCUCAAUGCAGACCGCGACAACCAACCGCCGCCGCCCAACCGCCCAGAUAGCAGCCACACAAAACCCUCCCCCCGCCGCAGCUCAGAAAUGUUCAUAAACCAAACCCAGCCCGGCCCAGCCCUUCAACCCUACCAAUACAACCGCUCGCACACCCCCCCUCUAAGCCCCCUAUCCACCCAGCCUCAGCCCCCGCCACCACUACCACCAAAGACACCCAUCCCUUACCCCGAUGAAACGGGCAAUGGAAGUGUCAAUGGGCCCUUGAUGAUGCCCAUCUCGCCGCGGGAGGUGAAUAGGCCGAGCAGCAGUUAUUAUGGGAGUGGUGGGGAUUUGCGAAAUGGGAGUGGAGUGGUGGUGGUGAAGUUGCCGUAUCCGAGUGAUGGGCCGCCGCCGUUGGUGAAUAAGGGCCGGAAGCCGGUUUUCAGUCGGCGGAGUAGGUAG